AUGAUGUCCUGCAGCACAAAGGCGUUCAACAAGAUUUUACCGUCAAAUGCCACUACUCUUUACGCUGUUGAAGUCCCGGAGGGCGGUACCUUUGGAGUAGCCAGCGACCUCUCCUACCCGACGAAUGCGACUAAUCUACCUGCCCUCUGUGCCGUUGCGUUCAACGUGACUUCAUCUUCGUCGUCAUCCUUUACGUUUGGCAUGUUUCUUCCCAAAGAGUGGAACAAACGUCUCUUUACAGCCGGCAAUGGCGCGUUCUCUGGCGGUAUAAACUGGCUAUCGAUGGCCGCGGGCUUAGAGGAAGGGUUUGCGUGCGUGUCUACUGAUACUGGCCACAAUGUAUCAGACGGCAACGACGCAACAUGGGCGUAUCAUGCCCCUGAGAAGAUCAAGGACUGGGCUGGACGGGCCUUACACAGCUCUGUGCAGCAGGCUAAAACUAUUGUUUCCGCAUACUACGGUAGCGACGCGAAGUACUCUUACUACUCCGGUUGUUCGACUGGGGGAUAUCAGGGCUUGAAAGAGGUACAAACGUAUCCAGAAGACUUCGAUGGAGUAUUGAUCGGCUCGCCAGCGUGGUGGCAUUCACACCUUCAGACAUGGUCAAUCCAAGUUGCCCUCUGGAAUCAGCCCACCGAUGCCCCAUAUCAUAUUCCAGACUCACUAUUCUCUGUGAUCGGUGCUGAGGUCAUGAAACAAUGCGAUGGCGCAGAUGGCGUUCUCGAUGGUAUUAUCAGUGCCCCCAAGAGCUGCGACUUUCACCCAGAAGCCCUCCUCUGCACGAGUCCCACGGCAAAUAAAUCAGAGUGCUUGACGGCACCACAGGUCGAGCUCCUAUACAAUAUAUACAACAACUGGUACGAAGGGAACAAUGAAUUUGUGUUCCCACAGUAUAGCUAUGGGAGCGAGUUCCAGUGGAGCAUGCUAUCAUCUGGUACAGCGGAAUCUGGGUUCAGCGAGCAGUUCGCAAAGUAUAUUCUGUACCAGAACCCGAACUGGACCGUGGCAAACUUCAGUUAUCAGACGGUACUAGAUGCAGAGCGCGUCUGUAAGAGUGUGGGUCUCGAUGCCGACAACUUUGACCUUACUCCAUUCUACCACAAGCAGGGCAAGCUGCUGCAUUAUGUGGGCCUUUCCGACGGUUACAUCCCCCCAGGGAGUUCCGAGUACUAUCACAACCAGGUUGUGCAGACCAUGGCACCACAGGGAGUGAAUGUGACUGACUUCUACCGACUUUUCACUAUCCCUGGAAUGGGUCACUGCGCUGGUACGAGCUCAACUAGCAAGGCUCCUUGGUAUAUAAAUGGUGCUUUCCAGGCGGGUAGUCUCGGCACUGGUGUUCGUGGAGUGCCUGGAUACCAGGACGCAGAUCAUGACGCCUUCCGCGCUUUGAUCAAGUGGGUGGAAGAGGACGUUGGUCCGAACAAAAUUGUUGCUACCAAGUACAAGAAUAAUAACGUGAAAGAUGGUGUGUUGCAGCAGCGGCCGCUAUGUGUGUACCCUGGUCGAGCAGCUUUCCGAGGUGGUGAUAUGACCAAGCCAGAAAACUGGUACUGCGAGAAUUAA